AUGGCAGCUUCUGCGAAACGUAAGGGAUCAACCCAGUUGCUCCCAAACUGCAAGAUCUCCGAAGAGUCAUUCCUCAGAGAGGUUGAUACAAUAUGCGCCGAAUACCACACCGCCAUGGAGAAUAUUGUCGCCAACACAUCGCCUGGUGAUGCUAGAUUCGAGAACGUGGUCCGACCAAUGGAGCGGAUAUACAACGAGGAGUUGCUGCUCCUGUACACAGUCCAUUUUCUACGAGACCAUGUAUUCCGAUCAGACCUCAACAGCGCAAUCGAGAAGGCCCAGGCGCUCUUGACCGCGGCCAGUGGGAUUAGGCAUGGUGAUGAGCGUUACAUGACCCUUGUGGAGUCAGCUAUUGACAAGGGAGAGGAUCUUGACCCAGAAGAUGCGAAACUGCUGAAGUACUGGGGUCCGAACCCGUGGGAUCAACCGCCGGAUUGGGAUGAGGACCGCUGGCAGACGAUUUGGGAACGCGUGUAUGAACUUGGGUCCAAGUGCACGAGGAACAUCGACAACGACAAAGACCGCGGCGUAUGGUUCACUCACGAGGAACUCUCUGGCAUGCCUGACGAGUUCAUCUCGACUUUGGCACGGGGCGAAGGCGAAUUCCAAGGCCGCUUACGAUGUCCCGAGAACAUUUCUUCAUUCGGCGAGAUGAUCACCCUUCGCCAGAAAAUCGCGCAGCUCGCCGACAGGGAGAGCUUCGGGGCUUACAUGUUGGAGUCGAAGAUGGCUGGUACUCCGAAUAGGGUUCUCGAAUUCCUGGACGACAUACGUGACCACGCACGGCCGCGCUACAAGGCAUAUGCCGACAAACUACUUUCAGCCAAGGAAGUUGAUCUCCAGAAGAGAAACGUACCGUCGGACGGUAAGAUCUAUCGAUGGGACAUUGAGUUUUGCCACGCUCUGUACCGCAAGAGGAGAUGGGACGUGUACGAACGAGAAGUAUCCGAAUAUUUUCCUGUGCUCCCCACGAUCUCGUCUAUUCUCGCGCUUGUCGGCGGCGUAUUUGGAUUCGAGUUCCUCGAGAUCAGCACGGAUGAAGACCGAGCAAGAUUAUCGCCAACCGGAAGUGCAGAGGACGUGGUGUGGGAUGAAGAUGUCCUACUGUACAGCGUAUGGGACCCCGAAGAAGACCGAUUCCGCGGCUACCUUUACCUCGACUUAUUCAGCCACAGCCACCCAUGUUAUCACAACCUACAGUCUACCUGCGAGCUAGAGGGACGACACAGGCACCUGCUGGUUGGCGCCAUCAACUGGUGCCUGACAAAGCCGAAAGACGACAAGCCUGCGUUAAUGACAUACACGGAACUCAUCGGCGUCGCCCACGAAUUAGGCCACGCCUUGCACGACAUCGCAUUGGAAUACAAGUACGCGAGGUACAACGCAGAGUGCUCCUGGGACAUCUUGGAGCUGCCCUCGCUCCUGCUCGAGUACUGGUGCUGGGAUCCGUCGGUACUGAAGCGGCUCUCCAGUCACUACGUCACGAACCGCCCUAUGCCGAACGACAUGAUACACGAACUGGUGUCCCGGAAACCGGAGCUCAUUCUGAAUGGCCUAAUGCGUAGGGAUCUCCCCUUCAGCUACUUCGACGCGCGAGUCCAUGGCUCUGCGGACAGCCUCAAGGGCGUGAGCUACGCGGAGCUUUUCCAUCAGGUUGAGCGCGACCUCCAACGCGGCAGCGGCGUAGAACUCCCUGAUAUAACUAGUGACGAGGACCAUCCCUACACCACGUAUGAGCACAUCAUGGGCUUGGGAUACGAGACGAACAGCUACAGCUAUACCUGGUGUAUGGUCUUUGCUUCCGAUGUGUUUUUCUCCAAGUUUCAGCAGAAUGUUUUCGAUGGCAAGGAAGGACGACGAUUCAGGCACAUGGUUCUGGAGAAGCUGGUGGGCCUCGAUGACGAGAUGACGAUCUUAAGAGAGUACCUGGGCAGGGAGCCUUCGGCGGCUGCUUUUCAUGCGGAGAUGGGAUCUGUUACGGUGGAGGAGCUUGAUGCGUCGCAAGACUCGGCAGUUGCGGGCAAGUGCAGUCUGUAG